UGUGUGGGUCAGACAGGAACAAGAUGGCGGCGGGAGGAGCGUUAGCUUCUGGACCAGUCGUUGUCUAAUAAGGCUGGAGAUCCGGCAGGAUGAACCUCUGCGCCCAGUACCUACGACAGGCAGAGGCCCUGAAGGCUGACAUGACAGACUCGAAGCUGGGGGCGGCAGAGGUGUGGACGUCCCGUCAGGCUCUGCAGGACCUCUACCAGAAGAUGCUGGUGACGGACCUGGAGUACGCUCUGGACAAGAAGGUGGAGCAGGACCUGUGGAACCAUGCCUUUAAGAACCAGAUCACCACCCUGCAGAGCCAGGCCAAGAACCGGGCCAACCCAAACCGCAGCGAGGUCCAGGCCAACCUGUCCCUGUUCCUGGAGGCGGCCAGCGGCUUCUACACUCAGCUGCUGCAGGAGUUGUGCACCGUGUUCAACGUGGACCUGCCCUGUCGCGUCAAGUCGUCCCAGCUCGGCAUCAUCAGCAACAAGCAGAGCAGCAGCAGCGCCAUCGUCACCCCCCAGCCCAGCUCCUGCUCCUACAUCUGCCAGCACUGCCUCGUCCACCUGGGAGACAUCGCUCGUUAUCGUAACCAGACCAGCCAGGCGGAGUCUUACUACCGACACGCCGCUCAGCUGGUUCCUUCAAACGGUCAACCCUACAAUCAGCUGGCCAUCCUGGCCUCCUCUAAGGGCGACCACCUCACCACCAUCUUCUACUACUGCCGCAGCAUCGCCGUCAAGUUCCCGUUCCCAGCGGCGUCCACCAACCUGCAGAAGGCCCUGUCCAAGGCUCUGGAGAGUCGUGACGAGGUGAAAACCAAGUGGAGCGUGUCUGAUUUCAUCAAGGCCUUCAUCAAGUUUCAUGGUCACGUCUACCUGAGUAAGAGUCUGGACAAACUGGACGGUCUGAGGGAGAAACUGGAGGAGCAGUUUCAGAGGCUGAUCCUCCAGAAAGCCUUCAGCUCCCAGCAGCUCGUCCACAUCACCGUAAUCAACCUGUUUGAGCUCCACCACCUCAGAGACCUGGCGGCCGACGGCGGCGACCAGAACUACAGCAGCGAGCAGCAGAUCAGCUGGUUCCAGCUCCUCGGACUCUUCAUGUCCUUCCUGGGUGUGAUGUGCAGCCGAGUUCUGCUCAACAAGAACCGUGGGGACGAGAUCAUGGGGGAGUGUCCCCUGCCGGCCAUCAAGGUGUCUCUGGACUGGCUCAAACUGAGACCCAGCGUCUUCCACGAGGCGGCCGUGGACCAGAGGCAGCACGUCUGGCCCUGGCUGGUGUCCAUCCUCAACAGUUUCCAGCCCAAAGAGGACGACCUGUCCUGCUCCUCAGUGACGCCGCUGCCGGAGGAGUUUGAGCUCCAGGGUUUCUUAGCCCUGCGUCCUGCCCUCAGGAGUCUGGACUUCACUAAGGGACAUCAGGGCAUCCUGGUGGACAGGGACGGUCUCCUGGAGGACACGCGCCACCAGAGGCUCGUCAGUCUGGGGAAAUGGGUUUCUGACAACCAGCCGGGGCUGAUCCAGUGCAGAGUGGACGAGAGCGGCGUCCUGGUCUUCGUCUCUGAGAUCCCGGAGCAGGCCAUCGAGGAGCCGCAGGAGAAGGAGGCGCCGGUGCUGCAGGAGUCGUCCAACGGCGAGCAGACGUCCAACGACGGCGGCGUCUCCGGCCUCAAGUCGGUCCUGUCCGUGGGGAAGACGCAGAGCUCGUGGCCCGACAGCAGCGAGCGGCCCGUCGUCACCUUCAAGGAGAACAUCAAACCCCGGGAGCUGAGCCGCGACGCCACCAGGAACCACCACCUGAAGGAGGGCAGCAAGGAGCGCCGCGACUUCCCCAAAGGCAACGGGGCCGCGGGCAAAGGCGAGGCCAAGAGGGACGGCAAGAGGAAGAGCGAGACCAAGAAGACCGGCCACGACAAGACGGCCGACGCCGGCAAACAGGUGAAGGCCCAGACGGAGCUGAGGAAGACUCCGGUCUCUGAGGCCAAGAAGACGCCCGCCACCCAGACCCAGACCACCUGCUCGUCCCAGUUCAUCCCCAUCCACCACCCUGGAGCCUUCCCCCCCCUCCCCAGCCGACCCGGUUUCCCCCCCUCGGCCUACGUCAUCCCUCCCCCGGUGCCGUUCCCGGGCCUCCAGGUGAACCCGGGCUUCACCUUCUCCACCGGCGUCUCCGUCCCCGGACCUUUCCUCCAGCCGGCCGUCCACACCCAGUCUGGGACCCAGGUCCAGGCCGGGAAGCAGUCCCACAUCCCCUACAGUCAGCAGAGGCCCUCGGGGCCGGGGCCCGGUCAGGGGCCGGGGGCCUCGGCCCAGGGCCCCCCCCAGGGUCAGCAGCCCCAGCCCCAGCCGCCCUCGCAGCAGUCGGUCCAGCUCCAGGUCCAGACCAUGGGACAGCAGCACCAGCAGUCUCCCACCAAACCGGGGCAGCAGGUGGGGAUGGGCAAGAGUCCUCCUCACCACCCGGGGCUGCAGCAGUUCAUGCAGGUCCAGGACCAGUCGGCUCAGAUGUGGAACCAGGCCCAGGCCAGUCUCCAGAAGAUGUCCCCCAUCCCGAUGUCCCUGAAGCAGCCCCAGACCCAGCCCCAGCCCCAGCAGACCUUCUACAUGGCGCCCCAGGACCCGCUGAAGCUCUACGAGCACCAGCAGCAGCCGCCGCUGUCCUCCAUGGACAAGAAGAUCAACUCCAAGUAUCCUGACUUCUACUGGGAGCCCUCCUACCGGAUGGGGGAGGGUCUGGCCGUGGUGGCCGACAGGAUGAGGAGGCCUCCACCAGGGGGCAUGUGUUCGGAGCAGGACGCCCCCGCCGGGUCCAGGGGACCCCCCUUUGAGGACAACAAGAGCUCGCCUCUUCUACCUCCCGACCUGUUAAAAACUCUAGCAGAUUUUGAGGAGGAGGAGGAGCUCGUCUUUUCUAAGCCUCCUGAUUUCUUCCAGGCCUUGGCCGGUCCUCUGAGCUCUGCUCCUGGACCAAAUAUAUUUCUGCCGAACCAGAACAGGAUGGAGAGCGGCUCCGAGGUCCUGGGUCAGACCUCCUCCCUGCUGCCCAUGGCCGGCUUCCCCAUGCAGGAGUUCAACCAGAACAGUAUCUUCAGUCAGGCCUACGGCAAAAACCUGCCCCCCAGCUCCAAGCCCGACGCUCCCAUGAUGCACCAGGAGGCCUCCCUCUACUCCCUGUUUGAGGGAACUCCGUGGUCCCCUUCUCUUCCAGCCAGCUCAGACCACUCCACCCCGGCCAGCCAAUCCCCUCACUCCUCCAACCCCAGCAGCCUGCCGUCCUCCCCCCCCACCCACAACCACGGGGCCAUGCCCUUCUCCAACUUCGGACCCAUCGGGACCCCGGACAGCCGGGACCGGCGGGUGGUGGACCGCUGGAAGGCGGACAAGACCGGAGGCGUCAGUGGGUUCGGCCUCGACUACCUCCCGACCGCCGCCGCCUCCUCGUCCUCAGACUCCAGCUGGCACCAGGCCGGGUCCACGGGGACGUCCUGGACCAACCAGGAGUCUCCCAUGGAGGAGUCGUCCUCCACCGUGCUGCUCGACAGCCUCAAGUCUAUCUGGUCCAGCUCUAUGAUGCAGCCGGGCCCGUCGGCGUUGGAGCAGCUCCUCCUGCAGCAGAAGCAGAAGCAGCAGCGAGGCCACGGCGCCAUGAACCCCCCCCACUGAACGGCGGCCGGGAAGGCGGCGCUUUGUGUCCGGACGUCAACAAGAACCCACCACCAGGAGAAAACGUGAAUGGAGGAGGGGGGGGGGGGACGAUGACGACAAAACCAGAGAAACCAGAGAAGUUUGACGAGCUCCAAAUCAAAGGUGAAAUUAAACGGUGGAGGCUGGGGAGGCGACGUGACCCCCGACGAGGCUGAAUCACCACCACCCCCCUACGACCACCCCCCCCUCGCUGACGAGGAGCGGUGACGCGCCUCCUGGAUCGGAGGGCGUGGGAUCUCAUCCGCAGGGUUUCCCUCGACCCGCGGGAAUCUGAACUUUGAGGAACCCCCCACCACCACCACCACCACCACCACCACCACAUCUCCACCACUCCUCUCAUCUGCAAGAACGAACGAACGAAAGAAAGAACGAACUCCUUCCUUCAUAGUUUUGGUCUGAAAAUAAAAAAAAAAGACGAUGAGCGACCUCCCGGACGUCUGCUCGGUUUUUAGCGCCUCGUCGCCACAGACUGAACCGGGGUCGUGGGAGAGUGAGGACGGAGCAGUGGUCGGGUUUCAGGUGGUCGACCAACGGGGGGUUUGGGGGGGAAUCACAAUAAUGGACCGGAUUUCUGAUCUCCAUUCACUCUCAUUACCGAGGAGGAGGAGGAGGAGGAGGCUCUCUCUCUCUCUCUCUGGCUGGAGGCAGGAGGAGCAGAGUCCAGUGCGACUAUAUAAAUAUAUAAAUAACUAUAUAUUGCCAUAGUUGGGCUUUAAACGGACCUCGAGUCUUAGCCGAGAAUUCGUCUUUUGAAGGAAGAGACGCCGGCGAGUGGACAGAAGUUGGAACGGCGUGGGAGGAGGGGAGGGAAAGGGGGCGGGGCUAGGAACAAAACAAAAAAAAAAGAUAAAAAAAUCCAAUACAAGAACCCUGUGGAUCUUAGGGUAGUAUUACUGUUAGCUUCAAGAGACGCAGAUAUUAACAAGAAACUGUACUUUGUGAUUUGUUCGUAGCAGUUUUAGCUCUAUUGGCUUCCUGCUUUGAUAUUUUCGGUGUUCUUCUUCUUCUUCUCUCCUUAAUUUAUGAAGAGGAGACUAAAGGUGUAACCCUGCUCGCUUAAUUAACCUGCAUUUACUCUGUUUCUUUACUGUUUUUGUUUUGGUUCAUGUUCUGCCUUUUUACUGGUUUUAAGCAGCUGUGUUGACGCCUUCCCCCCGUCCCCCUGGUCCCCCCCCGUCCCGUCCCGUCCCACCACCACAGGCCGAAGGGGGCUGUGUCCACUACCAGGCUGUGGGCGGGGCAUGUGUGGGCGGGGCUUGUGUGGGCGGAGUUUUAUGAGCGGGAGCAACUUUUAAUUGAAACCGAAGCCUGAAAUCUGAACAAUGAGCCGCAGCAAACAAAGUGAAGAAAAUAAUAAAUUAACAAACGGACGAACUCAAAGUCAAAACCUCAGUUCCCAAUGUUUAAAAUGAGGACUUUGAUUUUUGAGCCUCAUUUCAUCUCAAUAAUGUUUUUUUUUCUUUUAAAGAAUUAUUAAUCGGACACAGAAGCUAAAAAUAUUCUGUUUGUCAUGAAGAGAAACUAAAUAAAAAAACGGCACUUGAUGAACCGGAGAAUAAACCGGUCGACUGAUGGAAACAUUUAUAUUUUUUUAUUGGUUCAUCUGAACGUGAAGAAGCUUCUCGACUAAAACCAGCUCCCGGAUGAACUCCCGGUGGUUCCUGCUCCUUCGUGUAAAGUUCCUGCCUUGGUUUUUAUUUGCGUGCUUUCAGCCUUGGCUCGGUGUCAGCUGACCUCUGACCUCUCUAGGCGUCAGUGGAAGCCGCAGCCCUGUGCGGUACCAACGAAGAAGAGGAAGCAGGAAGUAGUUCAGUUCUCUGCUGUCGUUCACAGCCUGUGUUUGGUUUUAUUUCUUUUUUUUCUUCACAAAGAGACGUGUCUAUUUUCUGUGUGAUCGUGCUUUUCAUGUCGCAUUUACGAAAUGUAUUUGAAAAAUAAUAAAGAUAAACUAUUGUUGAACGUGAGGACGACUUUGGGCCAGAAGCAUCGAGGACUCAAGUCCAGAUGUGAGUUUGACUUGGAGGCUUUUUGUGUUCCUGUCUCUCUGUAGACCUUCAGAAUCAGCCUUUAAAUAAACGUUAACGGUGACUUCA